UGUGCGCCUGUGCCUCGUCCGCGAUGGACUUCGACCGGCACCUCGCCGCGCUCCGCGCCGAGCGCGAGCGACUCGAGCGCGAGAGCGGCCUGCCGCCCUUUGUUCCGCGCAGCGACGAGGGCAUGCGUGGGCCGCCGCCGCCGCCGAGCGUCCCUCCGCCACCACCGCUGCCCACGGCCAGCAGCAGCGAUGCAGAGCUGCUGGGAGCGAUUGCUCGGAUGAAGGCGGAGCACGCGGACAACGUGCGCCGCAUCGGCCAGCUCUCCCACUCGCGCGGGCACGAGUCGGCCUUUACCGUGCCGCCGCGCGACCCGCCGAUGCCUGGCCUCAGCGGCAGCGGAUUAGAGGCGUUCGCGCUCGACCCGGCCGGACUGGGCGCUUUCGCCGACCCGAGCUUCGCGGCGCGCUCGGGCGCCCGCAUGGCGCUCGGCGAGUACGACUACGAGGGCCGCGACCUUAGCUUUCGUGACCAGGCCCUCGCGGGCUCCGCGUCGCACCGGCGGUCCGCCUCGCCCGGCAUGCGACCCGCAUCUCCGGGCAACGGCUCGCGCGGCGUGGGGUGGUCGGCGGCGUAUCGGUCGGCGGCGAGCCCGCUGCGCGCUUCGGCCAGCCGACCCUCCUUUGACCGCCCGCUCGCCUCUUCUCGGCCGCCGCAGCAGCCGCCGCCGCCGCCUCCUCCUCCUCCUCCACCGCCGCCUCCUCCGCAGACGAGCCGACCUCCGUUGAGCCAGCGGCAGUCGAGACCGGCCUCCGCCCGCGCGCGGUCGGCGCCGCGCGCUCGCGCGCCGCCGCGGAUGCGCGCCGCCGAGACGGCCGCGGCUGCGCGCGGCGUCGCGGGAGCCGCGGGAGGCGCGGGAGCCGGGCCGGUGGUGUCCAUCUCCCAGCCGAGUGUGCUCCGCCGCUCCGCCGACGAGGAGGCGGCCGAGGCGGCGGCGGCGGCGGCGGUGGCGCGCUCGCGCGCCCUGCCGCGCCCGCGCACCGCGCCGCACGUCUCGGCCUCCUCCUUCCGCCGCGCCGGCUCUGCCGGCCGGCUGGGCAGGCCGCCGCAGGCUGGGCGUGCGGCAGGCGCCGGAGGGGCGGAGGGAGGGGCGCGGGGCGGAGCGAGGGGAGGGCUCGGCUCGAGAAGCUCGAGCGGCGAGCUGGCCGCGGCGGGGGGGAUGCGCGAGUCCGCCGACGGCGCCGUCGGGCCGAGGCCUGCUUCCGCCGCCGCGCCGCUGCGGUCGGGCAGCGCGCCCUCCCUGCGGCCGAGCACGCCCAAGCCGCCGCCGCCCUUCUCCUUCUCCAAGGGCGGGCUGCCUCUCGAGAGGCCGCGCACCGCCAGCGGCGCAGAGGGCGGUGCGAGGACGCACGUCGCCCGGCCGGAGGAGGCCAAGGAGCGGGAGGCGGCGGCGCAGCGGGCGGCGUCCGCGGCCGAAAGCGAGGCGGCGAGCGCGGCGGCGGCCUUCCGGAUGCGUCCCAUCCCGGCCGAGGUGCGGAUGCCGAUGUGGGAGCAGAUGCAGCUUGAGGAGGCUGGCCGCGCGGAGCGGAUCUCGCGCGAGGCGGCCAGGCUGGCGCGCCGCUCCAAGCUGCCGCCUCGGAUGCAGGAGGAGGCCGAGCGCGCGCGCGAGGAGCGAGAGCGCAUCAAGGCCGAUGCCGAGAAGGACCUCACCUUCACGCCGAUGAUCCGGCCUCUCCCCGCCUCCACCUCCAAGCCGGCCGGCUUCCGGCCAAAGCCGCCCAAGCCGCCGCCGCCGCCGCAGCCAUUCGAGCUCCUCACCGACGCGAUCAAGGACCCGGGCGGGAAGGGCACGCUGCCUGCGCCUGCCGAGAAGGAGCGGGUGCUGCGCGACAUGGCACGCGACGAGCUCGUGCUGCCUGAGCGGCGCUGGCCGUACUUGUCCACCCGCGCGCCGGUGCAGCCAAAAGCGCCGCCUCCGGCGGUGGCGGUGCCGCCGCCGCCCACGACGACGUCGACGGAGCUGCGGCGGGCGGCGCUCGAGAUGGAUAACCUAAAGAGGCAAAUCGAGGAGGAGCGCACGGCGCAGGCGGAGGCGAGGCGGCGCGAGGAGGCCAAGGAGGCCACCAAGAAGGUUGCGGGCGCGCUCGACCUGCCGUCCGCACGGGACAAGGCGCGGCGCGAGCGCGAGGAGGCGGCGGCGCGUAGGCGCGCUUUCCAGAGGGAGCAGGCUGAGAAGGACGCGGCGCACCGCACCGCGCUCGGCGACAUGUAUGCGCGGGUGGCGCAGCGGCCUUUUUUGUUCCAGCAGCAGGGCAUCGACGCAAAGGUGUUCGAGGAGACGCAGGCUGCCUACGACAAGUUUGAGUCGGCGCUCAAGAAGCAAGGCCUCUCCGACCUGCUCGACUUGCCGCGAUGAGCCUCGCGGUCUU